AUGACCUCUGAGGCUUCGGACGCCUCCAUCCUGAGGACUGGUCCUCUCUCAGCACGAUGCCAGGCAAGCCCGCACCCAUUAAGAAGGCUCCGUCCAAGAAGGCGGCAGAGAAAGCACUCGAGCCCUCUGAGAAGGCUCCAGAGCCGGACCCACCGGCCGCGGAACCCACGGAUAUUGAGCCUGCUCCACCACAGACACCUGCCGAGGCCGCCCCAGUCUCGGAACGAGAAGUGCCGCCCCCCACCCCAGCAGAGGAUAGUCCUACUACAGAAGAAAACGCUCCAGCUAUUGAACCCCCUGUUCAAGGCGACAUCACAGUCCCUGCCUCAGACAAUUCUGCAGAUGCAGGAGCUGCUCCUCCAAUUGAAGAGCCUCCCAAGGCUCCUACACCCCCACCUCCUGCAGUUCCCACCAGUGCUCCAUUGGAAGUGUCUGUAGAGGACGUAAAUGACACGAGUCUUACCGUCAAGUGGAAAACGCCAGAGACCAUUGGGGAGUCUGGCCUGGAUGGAUACACUGUAGAGUACUGCAAGGAUGGAAGUUCAGACUGGGUGGUAGCGAAUGAGGAGCCAACCCCAGCUAACCGCUACUGCAUCAAGAAUUUGACUGCAGGUGACCUGCUGCUCGUGCGCGUGGUGGCCGUGAACCCUGGCGGCCGCAGCGUGCCGGGCGAGCUCGCCGAGGCUGUGCCAAUUCGUGAGGUGGUCGACCGGCCCAAGAUCAAAAUUCCUCGCCAGCUCCGCACGCGCUUUGUCAAGCAAGUGGGCGAGCAUAUCAACCUGGUCAUUCCGUUCCUUGGGAAGCCCAAACCUUCAGUGUCCUGGCUGAAGGACGGUCAGCCUUUGGAUCUAAAGAGGGUCAACAUCAGGAAUAGUGAGAAAGACAGCAUCCUAUUUAUUCGCAGUGCUCAAAGGGAGGACUCGGGUGUUUAUGAGAUGACGGUUAAGGUGGACAGCUUUGAAGACAAAGCCAGCAUCACCCUUCAAAUUGUUGAGCUGCCUGGUCCCCCUUGCAGUACAAAACUGGUGGACUGCUGGGGCUUCAAUGCUGCGCUUGAAUGGACCCCUCCUAAGGACAAUGGCAACACGGAGAUCACUGGCUACAUCGUGCAGAAAGCCGAUAAGAAGACUGGAGAAUGGUUCACUGUGUUGGAACACUAUCACAGGCUGACUGCCACCAUCACUGACCUCAUAAUGGGAAACUCAUAUGCCUUCAGAGUUUUUUCUGUCAACAAAGUGGGCGUUAGUGAGAAGAGUGCUGUCACCAAGGAUGUGGCCACAAUCCAGAAGACAGGUAUCAUUUACAAGCCACCCGAAUACCAGGAGCAUGACUUCAGCGAGGCGCCAAAAUUUACUACGCCGCUCAGCAACCGGGCUGCUACUGUUGGAUACACCACCAAGCUGUUGUGCUCUGUUCGUGGAAGCCCCAAGCCUAAGAUUGAAUGGCUGAAGAACCAGAUGGUCAUCGGUGAUGACCCCAAGUUUCGUCAGCUCUCCAACCAGGGCAUUUGUUCCUUGGAGAUCCGCAAGCCGUGCUGCUUUGACGGUGGCGUGUACACAUGCAGAGCUAAGAAUGCUCAAGGAGAAGCCACUGUUUCCUGCAAACUGGAGGUCAAACGUAUGUAA